UCACCCGGAGUUCACUUUUCUUACCGGCGACAGACGCUCCUCUUCGGCAGAGAACCGCGCCGCAGCCCUCGCAUCAAGCGACCCUGUUUCUGGGGGGGCGGGGUCGACGGACGGACGGACGGUCGGUCAUUCAUCCGAUGUAAAUACGACAACGUUCAUGUCGCUGAGUGCGUUUUAUUUCUGAAAACUUUGGAUAAACCAAGCGCGCACCGGCAAUCUACGAGAGCAGGUAAGGGGGUGCCAUGCCAGCUGCUGUUCCCCCUGUGCUCCCCCUCUCCACCUGGUGGUGGUGUCUGGUACUGCUGCAGCUUCCACAGGCCCUGACCCAGCCCCAGCUGGACCCUAACCCAGAGAAGGCCUCUCCCGCUGGGCAGGCCUUCCCUUACCUCUCCCUGGAUGGAUCUCCCCUCAACCACCUCCUACUGGACCCCAGGUCUGGUCAUCUGUACGUGGGGGCGGUCAACCAUCUCUACCAUCUGUCCCCUGACCUCCAGGUGCUGUCCUCCAGUCAGACUGGCCCCAAACUAGACAGUCCUGAAUGCCUGCCCCCCAUAGUCCCCAAGGACUGCCCCACUGCCCGGGUCACCCCCAACACCAAUAAGAUCCUGCUCCUGGAGGAAGGCGUGGAUGCGGUGGGGUCAGAGGUCGGGGCAAGGAGCCUGAUCGUGUGCGGGACAUUGUUCCAAGGUAUCUGUGACAAGAGGAGUCUGGGUAAUGUGUCCGAGGUGCUCUAUCAGACGUCCAACCCAGUGGACACGCAGUACGUUGCCGCCAACGACCCCCGCGUCUCCACCGUGGGCGUGAUCUUGAACCAGAAGGGGGUGGGGCUGAUGCUAGUGGGGCGUGGCUACACUAGUAAAGGCCCCAGCGACAUCCCACCAAUCACAACGCGCCGUCUAUCCCCCAGUUCCUCCCCCUCCCGCCAGGCCUUCUCUCAAGAUGAAGAACUAGGGAAGCUGGUUGUCGGGAGCUACUCCGAGUACAACAACAACUUCAUAUUGGCGUUUAACCACAGCGACCACGUCUACUUCCUGUUCUCGCGGAGGGAUAUGUGGCACAAGAAGGAGUACCGGACCUACGUUUCACGUCUCUGCGCCGAGGACCGGAGCUUCUACUCCUAUGUGGAGGUUCCGUUGGAAUGUUCCGGCGGUUACAAUCUCGCCCAGGGGGCUUCCCCCGCCGAACACCAGGGGCGGCCGGCGCUGUUCAUUGCCAUGGCGGCGGGGCAGGCGUCAACGCCUACGGCGACGGGUCGCUCGGCGCUGUGCGUUUACGGGAUGUCAGAGCUGGAUGCGUCGCUGCAGAGGGCCCAGGAGCUGUGUUAUACAGAGGGAGGAAGAGGAAGGACGGGACAGGAGGAGGCAUACAUAGAGUAUGAGGUGUCGUCCAAGUGUCUACGCCUGCCCAAGGAUUCGUUAAAGGAGUACCCAUGUGGAGGGGAACACACCCCCAGCCCCAUCGCCUCUGCGGUUCCCCUGUCAGCCACCCCCUCUCUGACCAGGGAAACCCAGCUCACCGCUGUCACCACCACUACCGAGGCCGGCCACACCAUCGCCCUGCUGGGGGACAAGAAGGGCUGGCUGCAUAAGGUAUUUCUCCAGACUGACACAACAGGGACGUUGUAUCAGAGUGUAUUGGUGGACCAGGACAGUCCAGUCAACGCUGACCUACUACUGGACCAGUCUGGACAGAAUGUCUACGUCCUCACUGAUGGCAAGGUGUCCAAGGUGGCUGUAUCUCAGUGUGAACAGCAGCCUGACUGCCAGUCCUGUCUGUCUGUCAGAGAUCCUUACUGUGGCUGGUGUGUCCUGGAGGGAAGAUGCACUCGUCGACUGGAGUGUAGUCGUGAGGGCCAAGCCAACCACUGGCUGUGGAGCUACCAGCCUGCCAACCAGCCUGCCAACCAGCCUGCCGACCAGCCUGCCAACCAGCCUGCCAACCAGCCUGCCAACCAGCCUGCCAACCAGCCUGCCAACCAGUGUGUAACUGUCCAGAGCCUAAAGCCUGCCAUCCAGAGCAGAGAGGAGGCAACUCAGGUGUCUCUAACAGUGGCCCAGCUGCCCACCCUGACAGAGGAGGAGUCUCUUUCCUGCUCCUUCGGAACCCUCCCCCCUCAGCCAGCCAUCGUCAAGGGAACCACCAUCACCUGUCAAUCACCCCUGCCUGAGCUCCUCCCACCCAGCCCACCAGGAAGUGACCAUGUGUCCCUACGUGUGUCUGUGAUGUUCAGAGACGUGACCAUUUCUAGCAGUGACAUCAUCUUCUACGACUGUCGAGCUGUGGGGCGACUCAACAUCACCUCCCCGUGUAUGGCGUGUGUGGGCAGUGUGUGGCCUUGUAGCUGGUGUGUCCUGGGUGGGCUGUGUACCCACACCAACAACAGCUGUCCCAGGCAGCACACCAUACACAACUCACUGGAGGAGCAGUUGGAGCCGCGGGGUCCAGAAUCUUGUCCCUGUGUGUGGGCUCUACAGAGCUCUCCUCUGGUCCCCAUGGGCUUCCUGUCCCCUCUGACCCUACUGGGGAGGAACCUGGACAUGUUUCAGGGGGAGGAGCAGUAUGUGUGUGUCGUGGUUGUGGAAGGGGAGGAGCUUAAACUGAACGCCACUCUGGAGAAAGAUCCGGAAACCAUGACGUACACCUUCACCUGCUCUGCCUACAAGUUCCAGUACCCAGUUAACCAGUUGGAAUAUUCAGCUCCCAUCUAUCUACAGAGAGGCUCCCAUCACAUCGACUCUGCACCCAAUCUCAGACGUAAGUCUAAUGUAUUCAGAAUAAGUCUGUCGGGGAAUCCUCCCUUCUACGACGAGACAGAAGAAGAGGACACAGACCUUCACAACCGGAUCAUCUUCUGUCGUAUCAUAGCUGGGGAGUUUGAGUUUGACGCUCCUUACUGGGACGACAUCUCUGUUCCAGCUAAGGAGUUGGUGUGUAGACUGAUGGAGGUGGACCAGAUGCUGAGAAUCACAGCUACAGAUGCUCUCUUACACAAGUGGAUUGCUGGUAACGGGGCCUCGGAGAAGAACCUGAAGGAGGGAGUGUGUGCCCAGUUUGAGAAGAACUUUGCUAAGGCCAAGUGGAGGAAAGCGAUCCGAGUCACCACCUUCAUGCAGCGUCUUCGUGCGUCUGAGACUGCUGCAGCUGAAGUGGAGGCAGGAGGGCAGGGGGAAGGAAGGGGUGAGGACCAGGGAGGAGGAGGGCAGAGUGAGGGAGGAGGGCAGAGUGAGGGAGGAGGGGUGACACCAGAGGUGACGGUUGGAACUAAUCCGGAGCGUGAGGAGAGGAACGGGGGAGUCGGGGUGAGGAGGUGGGGAGAGGAGAGGGGAGGAGGGGGGAGAAACCCUUUGAGUCCCUCUGUAGGGAUCUCUCCUUCCACCAAUAAUGAACCGCUCUCCCAGCCUCCCAACCAAUCAAAUUCCAGCUCCAAACCUCUGGGGGACAAGCCAAAGAAGCCAGCCGUGAAGAAGACGUCAGGCAAAAUGGCCGCCGCAUUGGGUCAAACCAAAACAACAACAGAGACCAAAACACCUCCUACCCCCAUCGUAACCCCUGACCUCACCAAGCCCCAGGACCCCGUCACUGUCUCUGACCACGACACAGCAGCACCAUCGUUGCCUAGCAAUGCCAAGAAGAAGCAACCAACCUAUGUCACUCCUGAGACUCCAACGACUCAACGACACAAGAUGGACGCCCAACUCCCCAACAUGGGCCCAGGCCCUGCUGCUGCUACUACUACUACUGCUGCAGCCAUAGCCCCACCUGCUGACAGGAGGCCGGCAGUGCAGGCUCCAGCAGAGGAGAAGAGGCUGGAUGACAAUAGCUGGUGUCAGACCCAGCUCCCUGAGGCUGUAGCUGAGAGGCCUGCUGGAGGUGGGGGAGUAGGGGGAGGAACUGGGAUUGAGAUGGGAGGGGGAGGGACAUCUGGAGCAGGGUCAGGGGAACUUGGAACAGGAUCAACAGUAAGAACUGGGCCAAGAGGUGACGCGAGCCCCAUUGGUAGAGACCAGAGGGCAGACAGGCACAGUGUAGAGUUCAGCAUGUCCAGGGGGGAACCCGAACCGUCCGAGGGGGGCUACAGUUAUACCAUAGGGGCCCUGGGAAGCUCCCCUAGUCUAGGCCGACACACCAGCGCAUACGGCCAGGAGGUUGAUCUUGGGGGGUACGGGGGUUCCUACUGCUCCUCUCUGUACGGCAGUGGGGGUGGAGGAGGGAUGUAUGGGGGACUGGAGCACGGCGGUGUUGGGGUCAGAGGUCAUGGUAGUAGUACUGCUGAUUGGCAGAUGGACAGCGUGAUCGAACAGAUCGAGAAGCAAAUGGCGGCGGUGCUGGAGAAGAUCGAGGGGGACAUGCCCUCUCUCCUGGAACAGAUCAGUGACUGCCCUCCGCCUCCCGAACUCCCCCGCAGCACACACACCUCGCCCUCCUCACGCCCCCGCUCCUCCCAACACCAACCAUCUUACUCCUUCACCUCCUCCCUCACCUCCACUGCUAAACCCCCACCUCUCCCCACAUCUCCCAGACCACCUCUUCCCUCCCUCCCCCACCUCACCAUCCCCCCUCCAUCCUACCCGCCUCCUUCCCUGCCCACCCGCUGCCCUGGUCAGCCAGUCGGUGAGCACAAGGAGAGAGACGGACAGAGGGGAGCAGUCCAUUCCAGCCAAUCCCCAUCCGUGAGGCCAGGGAAGGGCCUAUGAGACUUCCAUAGCUCCCAGGCUCUGAGGCUUUAGAGGGUAUCACUGCUCAUGACAGCGCUGUCCCAGGAACUGCUCUGCGGCGUCCACAGUCCAUCUUCCUGGACUUUCCAGUUUCUUUACACGUAACAUCCAUGAAUCCUGCUGGAGGGAAGCCAACUCUACAGCCUCCAUUGAAGACCUUCCCAAUACCAUGGAGUCCUCAAAGAGUACCUUUUCAUUCCCUCCACUCUUCUCUACAACCUCUGCAUGUUAAACGUUCUGGACGGCCCUGACUUUGGCAAACCUCAUUCUCUUUCGAGACUUCACGGCUUCUUCAUAACAUACACCAUGACUUUCUUUUCCACAACUUCUCCAUCUGGGAUUCCUCCGCCUGCAGUCUCUCUCUAAAUGUCCAAUAAAUAAAAUAAAAUUUCUUACAGUAAAGUAUGUAUAUCAAA